AUGCGAUUCAGGACGACAAUCACGCAUAUAUCUCUAUUGCGUAAAAUCGUACAAUCUCUCGGAGCCAUAGCAAAAAUAUGCGUAGUUCGACUGACUCCCGAGAAAGUCUACUUUAUCGUUCCCGGAAACGAAGGUCGUGAUGGGGUGCAAGUUUGGUCUCAGGUAAAGGUGGAGACAUUGUUUCAGUCAUAUCGAAUAGAAAGUCAUAACAAUAAUGAAAUAUGGGUGGAAAUUCAUUUGGAGGCGUUUCUUAAAGUUCUCAAGAGUGCUCCGGAAAUAAACGACUCGUCACGUCCUAAUCACGAUGCAUUCACGCAUUCUGAAAUCAACCUCAAACUCAACAAACGAGAUACACAGGCAUUAUGGGCUUUUGAGAUUCGUAACACUACAGCGGCUGGAAGAGAAAUGUCAAUCAUACAAGAUGUCAAAGUCGUUGUUUUAUCGGUCAAACGUCAGAAUGAACUCAACGAACCUCUUUGUCCCCCUCCAGAGGUUCAUGUGGUUCUCCCCAAACUUGUGGAAUUACGAAAUAUCAUUCAUCGUCUAGGUCACAUCACGGACGAUGUGACUGUAUCUGGUAAUCGAGAUGGAAAGUUGGAACUUCGAGGUAGGGGUCGGAAUGCGGAUCUUACAAUCACAUGGAAAGAACUUCAAAUUCCCGCAUUGCCAGACGAUACAGACGACAGGCCUAUAGACGAAAUGAUAGACGUGACCGUAUCAAUCCGUGGUAUGCUUAAAUUUCUCACCAGUCAUCAGGUCGGUGGAGAAGCUAUCGCUUGUGAAGGUCUGUGUCGACGACAUUGUCUCAUAGUAUACGUGUAUAUCGGGGAGAUGAUCGAGUCAGGAGGUGUCUUGACAUUUUUCAUCCCUGCCAAAAAUGUGGAUGACGAUUGA